AUGGUGCGUUAUCGCUUCUCUGCAUUUGUUAACCGCCUUUUUCCAGCUUCUGAAUCAUCAAUACCACUGGGUGGACUGUCACCGAAAAUAGAUGCCCCUAGUAAAGUACUUCGAGAAUCUGAUGUAGCAGAUGUAAAAUGGACUACUGGUUUAGGCGAACAUACAUCCCAACCAGUCGGAUCGUUGCAUACUAGCCCUAAAGCUUCUGCAAUUCCAGAAAUAGUUGGUGGAAGAGGAAGCAGUGGGGGAAUAAUUGAUAAAAAACCACCUCCAGUACGCGAAUGGAACCCGUUGGUUCAUACUGAAUGGCAGCUUGGUGUGGGAGCUCGCCUGCUACCAAAAUUACCGGAAGGUACAAAAGUGGGCAAACUUGUUAUGGGUAAAUACGGCUUGUACAAACCAGGAUUAUAUGAUGUUGUUCAGCAGUUUUUUAUUAAUACAGAGCUGAAAGGUAUGGCACCCGAAGAAGCGUUACCUUUGUCCUCUCUUCUAACGAAAAUAGCAAAAAUAUUGGCACUGGUACCACUUUUAUCAGUUCUUCUGAGUUUGCCAACAAUCUAUGCCCAGAAGCCAGCUGGUAUUUUUCGUGGGUACAAACCACCGGGGUCGAAUUAA